GAGAGCCGCGGCCACGCCACUCCGCCUGAAGGUCGCCGGCAACCCGGCCCUCACCUUCCUCCGAAACCCGCCACGCGGAUCCUCCCCGCCCAGCCCCGCUGACGAGGGGCCACCUCUCCCCAGCCAGACCUUGACACAAAGGACGUCGCGCCGCCGCGGACGGCCCGGGAGGGCGGACACUUCGGCGGCGCCUCUCCCCUUGGUUAUUUCUCGAGGGGUCUCGGACAUCUGUGCUUGCUGCUGCCUGCUUCUGAAGACCCUGGGAACAGAAGAAACUUGGGCUGAUUUUUUGGCUGUGGACGCCUGAAUAUGAUGCAUUUCAAAAGCGGCCUUGAGUUAACGGAGCUGCAGAACAUGACAGUGCCCGAGGAUGACAACGUCAGCAACGACUCCAACGACUUCACUGAGGUGGAGAACGGCCAGAUAAAUAGCAAGUUCAUCUCUGACCGUGAAAGCAGACGGAGCCUCACCAACAGCCAUUUGGAGAAAAGGAAAUGUGACGAGUAUAUUCCAGGAACAACAUCUCUGGGCAUGUCUGUUUUUAACCUGAGCAACGCCAUUAUGGGCAGUGGGAUUUUGGGACUCGCCUUUGCCCUGGCCAACACUGGGAUCCUCCUUUUUCUGAUACUCCUGACUUCAGUGACGUUGCUGUCUAUAUACUCAAUAAACCUGCUAUUGAUCUGCUCCAAGGAAACUGGCUGCAUGGUUUAUGAAAAGCUGGGAGAACAAGUCUUCGGGACCACGGGGAAGCUGGUGAUCUUCGGAGCCACCUCGCUGCAGAACACUGGCGCGAUGCUGAGCUACCUCUUCAUAGUAAAAAACGAACUUCCUUCCGCCAUAAAAUUCCUCAUGGGAAAAGAGGAGGCAUUUUCAGCCUGGUACGUAGAUGGCCGUGUCCUGGUGGUGAUGGUUACCUUUGGCAUAAUUCUCCCGCUCUGUCUCUUGAAGAACCUGGGGUAUCUUGGCUACACCAGUGGAUUUUCCUUGAGCUGCAUGGUUUUUUUCCUAAUAGUGGUUAUCUACAAGAAAUUUCAAAUUCCCUGCUUGACUGUAGAACAGAACUCAACAAUAAGUGCUAAUGUGACUGACAUGUGUACGCCAAAAUAUGUCACCUUCAACUCCAAAACGGUGUAUGCUUUACCAACCAUUGCAUUUGCAUUCGUCUGCCACCCAUCUGUCCUGCCAAUCUACAGCGAGCUCAAAGACCGGUCACAGAAGAAAAUGCAGAUGGUUUCCAACAUCUCCUUCUUUGCCAUGUUUGUCAUGUACUUCCUGACCGCCAUCUUUGGGUACCUGACAUUUUAUGAAAAGGUGCAGUCAGAUCUCCUUCACAAGUACCAAAGCAAAGACGACAUUCUCAUCCUGACAGUGCGGCUGGCUGUCAUUGUGGCUGUCAUCCUCACCGUGCCGGUGUUGUUUUUCACCGUUCGCUCGUCGCUAUUUGAACUGGCCAAGAAGACGAAGUUCCACUUAGGCCGCCACAUCGUGGUCACUGUCAUCCUCCUGGUGAUUAUCAACCUGCUGGUGAUCUUUAUUCCCUCCAUGAAGGAUAUCUUUGGAGUCGUAGGAGUUACGUCUGCUAAUAUGCUCAUUUUCAUUCUCCCUUCGUCUCUUUAUUUAAAAAUCACCAACCAAGACGGAGAUAAAGGCACUCAAAGGAUUUGGGCCGCCCUUUUCUUGGGCCUGGGGGUGUUGUUCUCCUUGAUCAGCAUUCCCCUGGUCAUCUACGACUGGGCUUGCUCGUCCAGCAGUGACGAAGGCCACUGAGAGCAGCCUCAAAGAGCCAGCGUCCGCCCAUCCUUCAGCGCCACUCCUCCGCAGCCCUUCCCCACUUCUUUUGCAAGUUUACAGAAACAGACAGAAACGCACAGGACGCCUCUGGGGUUACGGCACGGAGCCACUGCUAGAAUGCCUCGUGUCCUCCCGGGAUCUCCGCUUAGGGAUUGCGGAUUUUAGCUUUUCCAGAUUUCAAGCAGUCCUCUUCUCCAGCGCUUCCUACCUUCCCCCUCUUCGCUGUGUUCCAUGGCUUCUUAGAACUUUGGAAACAUGAUCAUCAGCUGUGUUCGUUUGUUAGACACCUGGGUUCUGAAAUCCUUUUCCUACUGAUACUCCGCUCAUGCCGUCUGUAUCUUUUUAGAAGAGAAAAUAAUCUUGAAUUGUAUAUAUUUAUUUUGCUUUACAGAAAAAAAAAAGGUUUCAGAAAAAAAAAAGAGGUUUCAUAAAUAAUUUGCCUAUUUUGGUUAACAUAGCACACGGGGCUAACCCUUAGAGAGACGGGUUCGGCUGCAGUCUGAGCGCGCCCAGCCUUCGAGGCAGCUCUGAUCACCCAUCCUGCUCCACGUGGAGCUGUCCCCUGGGAGUGUCUGCAGCGGGAGGGUGGGCAGGACACCUCUGUGAAUGUCUUAAAGCCCACACUGGGAGAAGUCACAGUGAAGCUGUUUCCACACACCCACCCGCCCACACUGGGAGAAGUCACAGUGAAGCUGUUUCCACACACCCACCCGCCCACACUGGGAGAAGUCACAGUGAAGCUGUUCCCACACACCCACCCGCCCACACUGGGAGAAGUCACAGUGAAGCUGUCCCCACACACCCACCCGCCCACACUGGGAGAAGUCACAGUGAAGCUGUUUCCACACACCCACCCGCCCACACUGGGAGAAGUCACAGUGAAGCUGUUUCCCCACACCCACCCGCCCACACUGGGAGAAGUCACAGUGAAGCUGUUUCCCCACACCCACCCGUUCCACACUGGGAGAAGUCACAGUGAAGCUGUUUCCCCACACCCACCCGUUCCACACUGGGAGAAGUCACAGUGAAGCUGUUCCCACACACCCACCCGUUCCAUUCUCGGCCCCUGGUGUCACAGUUACUUCAGGCUGAGUCGCCUGCUCGGGGUCCCACGGCUCCCGCAGUGACUGCCCAGAAUGCCUAGGGAAGUACUCCUGAUGCAGACAGCCUCCGUCUACACCCAUGUCACUGAAGGGGAAACGAUCUGUUAGUUUAUUCUCCCAGCCACAUUUAGUCAUGUCCACCAGCUUUUUGCAACAUAGAAUAACAUGUACCUAAGGGUGGCCCAGGCUAGGUCAGCCUGCUUUAUAUUGGGUAACUUUACUUUAGGGAAGUCUUUAGAAGACUUGUUUUUUAUCUAUAAAUCUAGGUUAUUACAAAUAUGAGAUUUUUGUACCUUAAAUAAGCCUCAUUUCUAUUCUCCAUUAAUUCUCCAUCCAAUCUCGAGCGCAAGCCUACUGAGAGUCUUUGUAGAUAGCCUCUAACGUCACUGUGUCCCCUCUUGCCCCAGCUGGGGAAGGCAGGCAGGAGACCUCUUCCCCCUGUGUUUCUUCCUUUAUCUCAUUACUGCCUGUUCCGCGUGACCCACGCAGGAGGGCGAAGCUGCCUGUGCUUUCUCCUAAGGGGAACAGAGGGAAGCGAUAAGGAGAUUGAAAACUGCACGAGCUUGGGACACCGGGUGCAGCACGCCCCUGUUGAUGCGAAAGUCAGCGGCGUCUCGCAGCUUGGCCACAGUAAGAAGCGCGCAUGCGCGGUGGCCACUGCAAACAGGGCUUGUAUUGCAGUCAGACGUAUUCUGGUUGGAGUCUCGGAUACAGAAAAAAAGCACUGAUCCUGGGCUUCUUCUCUGGAGAUGAGUAGAAGCUAACAGUUGGCAGAAGCCCCUUGGGUUUAGACGCUGUCCUUCCUGCCUGAAAUCCCCAGCGGUCUUCAGGAAGCUCACGGGAGUUGCCCAGAGAUGUCCCUUCAUACACUAAGUCCCACAGACGAGGUAGGCAUCAAAGCGCCUCCGCUAUCCUCGUGGGGAAGAAGGGAAAGCUAGUUCCUGCAUUGCAUCAUUACGUUGGUACAGUACUUAGAGCUCUGUCCACCUUGAGGACCUGCUUAGACAGGAAGAGGGUAAACCCCACAGUCACCUCUGUCCUCCGUGUCACAGGAAACGAUAGAGGACUCAGCCAACCUUUGUAGCUUGUUUGGCACUUUAAAAAUACAUUAAUCCAGUUUGCAAGCUCUACUACCCUAUUUCCUCAUUCUACAAUCCAUUCAUUUACAUUCACAAAGUGAAUUCAGCAGCUCAGUGACUCUGGGAUGUGUUGUGAUUUUGUACCUCUGGAUUUUAUGUGUUGGUAAAACUAACGUAUUAUUUACAGUGUAUUUAUUUGCAGGAAGCACCUUGCUAUUGAGGUCUGUGAUACACGUUGUUUUAAAAGCUCUUUUAUGUGUGUACCUGAGUCCGGUUGAAUGUACUAGAUCUUACUGUCAUUUGUCAGGUACCAGUCAAUUCCAUGGUUUCUGUGGUAUUCGCUGUAAAGCCCUCACUCUUGGUCAGAGUAAUGAACUGUAGCCAACACAUACCUGUGUCACAGAUGUUAGGUAGCGUUCAACAGCGCAGACAGAUGCAAUAGGCGUCUUUCCGCUAAAUCAGUAGGCUCAAGGGUAGUAGGCCUCAGCCCCGGGAAGUUGUGUUUUUCUUCGGCACAUAGGGUCUCCACGCUGUUGGCCAGGACCAGUUUCGGACUUUGGGUUUAGCGCUGUUCUCUGGUUGUUGUAACACAGACUGCUGUAGAUUCCUAGAUCGUGUUGCUGGUCAGUUAGAAGGGUUAGCAGAGUGUGUGCGGAGGAAAAGCCACUCUUUCAGGCAUGGUCCCCAGGAAGAACAUCUUUUAAAGCUUUGUAACCUGGAAUGGACUUUUCUUAAUUGGGUUAUAUGUGGCGAUUGAGUCCCUAGAGCAGCUGGAAAAGACUAUCAAACUCAGAGUUGAGCUGAAAGGGACUCCAGAAGAGCCAAGUCCCCAGGUAGAAUGGAAGUUGGGGGGUGGGGGGCAGUUAGGGUCACUAAGAACAUCCCACUGUCUGUUGUGGAAUCUGGACUGCUCAUGUCUCAUGUCUGUCAUGGAUCACCUGCAAGACAGUGAGGCUGGAGCUCUGCCAUGGCCUGAAGCAGAGGCUCCAGCAAGAUCAGAGGAGCUGUGUUCAAAAGCCUGCCGGUAGGAUGGAGAUGGAGGAGGAAGGGGGCUCCUUAGCUGGUACCCCUUGUUUUCUCUGAAGAUGUCAGGCGUUCCCUGGCCACUUCCAAUUCUGUUAUGGUGGUUAGCUCCUAGAGUCCACCUCUUUCUCGGCCAUUAAUUUCAUAGCUUCUUCCAGGAGCCAGCUUUGAGGCCAGCACACAGCACAGCACUUUUAAUGCCACCUGUGCUGGUCAUCAUGCUUUAACUGCUUGGCAAUCAGAUGAAAGGUGCGAAAGGGUCUCCCUCCACAUUCCUUCUUGUGUAUUUAUGGACCCUGUUAAGAAACAUAAGAGUGCUGACAGGCAGGGUUGUGGUAAGAUGCCUCUGUUUUAGAGGAGGCCUGUCGCAGUUCUGCCAACAACUAUGGAGUUGAACUCAAGCUCCCAAGCUGGUUUCUCUCAAAUUGCGGUACCACCACCCCUGCCCCCAGGCCAGCAGCAUGGAUGCCAUCUUCCAUGCUUCAGCCCCGCCAGGCACAGUGGAGGAAGCAACCUGCCUUCUGCAAGCCUCAGGUCUAGCCCCAAGUGAUGCCGGGGGCAUCAAGUUUGGGAACCAUUCUAAGCCAUUCCCCAGCCAGUUGACCUCAGAAGGUGGGGGGUUCCUGGGGUGAGGCAUUGGAGCCAGGACUAGGGGAGGGUAGAAGAGGAUCCAGCCAGUGUCUGCAGGAGAGGGAGAACAGCUCAUGGGUGUUCCGUCAUGCUGGAAUUGCAGUGCAGGGGCAUGAGUGAGACCCAGGGUGCCCCAUGGGCAAACCAGCCUGAGGCACUAGUGUAUUUUCUUAUAGCUGUAAAGAUUUCAAAUUUAGGCUUUAAAAAAAGUUAGGUAUAUUAAAAGAAAGUGAUUUUAAAAAAAUGCAACCCGGAGGGCACUGCCAAGUUUUCAGGAGCCAAUUAUCCAAGAGGACUGUCUCCAUGGUGGGGUAGGGUGCUGGUGUAGUGGGAGCAAGGCCCUGGCACCACGAAAUAUAAAAUACCAAUACAGUGAGUGUUCUAGGAAUGCAGUGCUGAGGGAGUGUGUCUGUGGAGCUAACUGGAGUGGGGCAGAGGUGGCUGGGGUGGCCCCAUGCCUUAGAGCAAGGCCUCCAACCAUCCGUUCAGAAAGGGGACAGGCUUUGAGAAUGGCAGUGCCUACGCAAGGGAACAUCAGGGCACUCGGAAAAAGAUGCCACACUAUUACCUAGCAAUAUUCAUCAGUGUUUUCCUCUCAGGAUGGCAGCUCGGGGAACCCCGCAACAGAACAUAGCCCUCUAAAUCACAGUGAGUUGCUGGUAAGAAUAAAAGACUUUGGGGUUCAGACUGGGGUUGCGGGUAAUAACGGAAAGCAGUGCUAAGUCUAAAGGGGCGGGUUCUUGGAGAACGGUGCAGAUUGCGCACGGAUGGAUGCAGGUGGCUUUCUUUCUCGGGUUUCCCUGAGGAAGAAACAGAGUGCUGGGCCUGUCUCUACGCAGGCUUGAAGAAUCUAUGCAGCUGAGGCUCACUGUAGGAACCCCUCAUUUGUAUGUAAAUACGUUGUAAAUACAUAGGAAGCUGUAUAUUUUUGCAGUUGUUAAUCCACACAGACAUAGAGAUUGCAAGUAUCUGCAGAUAAGAAAUACACGUUCUCAUAGAUGUUAGUGGUUUUGUUUGGGAACUAGAAGAAACUUCUCUCCCAUAGUUCUGUCAGUGUAAACCUGGAGCCUAAAACUUUAAUUACCUGUCUGGAAAAAAGAAAUGUCUGAGAAAUAACCUCUUUGAUUUCUUAUGCUGGUAUUACGAUCUGCUGUUUAGAUGUUACAAAUAAGGACAAUUUAGAAGAAAAUCAUUGUCAUGUAGGAACAGACGUGCCCAAAUUAAGAAAUUGCUGUGGUUUUUUUUUUUUUUUUUCAUAACAUUCUUUCAUGGUUAGUGUUGAUGUUGCUGUGUAGAACUUACGAAAACAGAAGUGAGGGAGGGGGUUUUUUGUUGUUUUUUCCAAAAUGGAAUUGUUGCUUCCCAAGCUUUGGGAUCCUCGAAGAGGAGGCCAAAUAUUAAGCUGAGCACAGACGUGAAGGGAAACUUCUGCUGUUUGAGCUUUUGAAGGUCUUGCAUGUUUGCCUCUUAGUGUUGGCGCCAAGGUAGACCGUCUUGUCUGUUUUACCCCCCGACACUUGAACCUUAAUCAUUGGUACGUAAGUCUCUAGGGUCCAGUGUGUCCAGACCCCAUCUGACUCAGCACAUGUAGCACAUCACUGUUUCAUUCAUGUAAAGAUCUUGUAAAUGAUUCCAGGUGGGCCUCCAACGUGAGCCACAAGUCACAGAACUCUGCUGUUCACUGUCCAUCCUGUAAAGUUGGUGUUUUCCCCCCACACCUUUCGGGGUGCGGUAUAAAUAAGAAGGUGUAAGAAGUUAUGUUAUAUAAAUGCAGUGUUAACAUAGUUUUCAAACAUUAAAAUGUGAAUUAAAGUA